CUUAUGCUUCUCGGCGAUCAGUUGCUUGGUGUCUGAGCAUAAUUCGACUUCAGUCCAUCGGUCGAUGCUGGAGGAAGCAGUGUUUGAGCUAUCACCACUCGAGAAGGUAUUGGUCCUUCGUCAAACAACUUAACGUCUGACUACUAUCUCACAUCUCAGGUGCGCCUGAUUGAAGCGCCUGCACUAUUCUUGACACUACAUUUUACCACUGGCCAACUGCUACAAUCUGGAAACAACCAGCUUGACUGCUAUGGAUAGCCUUGACAACAAGCACAACCAUGCUGGGGAGUCAGACACAGAAGCAGCACGAAACGAUUGCUCAAGUCAGCGUCAAAGCCUGUACUCUGAUUUGUUCAUUGUGCCAGCUGCCGUCAGGCGAAAGCUGUGGUCAGUCAGCUUACCGAGUCUGUCGCAUAAGACAUAUGCACGACUGCGACACAAACCCUGAUAUCGAUAUUUCUGAAUCCUCACGCGACAUGGAAAUGAUAAUUAUAUCUGUUGCAUUCAGGUUCAGGCCUCCAUUGUCCGAGCACACUGAUCACACCGCUGCUCGGAGUUUACCAAGCAACUUUCCGAGGACUGCGUGUUACUGUCAGAUUCUGAGGCUUCAUCCCGUUUGGCUUGACAUGACUGGUAGGCUCGCAACCACUGGAGUGAUGGAGUUAAGACCAAAUAUAAGCACACUGUUCACAUCACAGAGCAUGUUGGAGAAUACAGUCAGACUAGGUUGAUAGGUGGGACGGUCAAUUUGUAUCAAUAUGCUAACAAACGCCAGUCGCUAUGUAUUGUAUAUGCAGCACGACGAGGUGGAGACUACCAAGUGAUCACCUCAGUGCUAGAAAAGACCAGAAACUAGACAUUC